AUGCGUAAAUGCAAGAUCUUUGUUGGAUCAUCGCAUCCGGAGUUGGGCCAAUUGGUUUGCGAGAGAUUGGGUGUGGAGCCAGCACCUUGUACUUUGAAGAAAUUUAGCAAUGGUGAAACCUCAGUCCAGAUUGGUGUCAGUGUGAGAGACGAGGAUGUAUACAUUAUUCAAAGCGGCUCAUCAAACAUAAAUGAUCACAUUAUGGAGCUUUUAAUCUUGAUAAGUGCCUGUCGUGGGGGAAGUGCAAACAAAAUUACAGCCGUUAUUCCUCAAUUUCCUUACAGCAAGCAGAGUAAAAUGAAGAAGCAUAGAGGCGCAAUCACCGCCAGAAUGUUAGCCAACUUAUUAGUAAUGGCUGGGGCUGACCAUGUUGUCAGCAUGGAUCUCCAUGCUAGUCAAAUGCAAGGUUUCUUUACGGUUCCUGUGGAUAAUUUAUUUGGCGCCCCCACUUUGGCUAGAUGGAUUCGUCACAACAUAGAAGCUUGGGAGACCUCAGUUGUUGUAUCAAAGAAUCCUGGUGGAACCAAAAGGGUGACUGCUUUGGCUGACAGUUUAAAGAUUAAUUUCGCAAUGAUUCACACGGAUAGAAGAAGAACUCAGGAUGAAUAUGCCAAAAAGAAGGCCUUAAAGAGGGCAAAGAUAGUUAAUGAUGAUGGCGCUGAAGCAUACGAGGAAGACAAUAUUGUAAAUGAAUUACAAACUGCCCGAAUUGUCCAGGGUCACGUUGUUGACGAUGAUUAUCAAUGCAAGGACUCGAAAGUCAAUAAUGAUAGUGCCAAUGGCGAUCACUUAACCAACUCAAACAUUAUUGAUAGCGACGUUUUAGGUGGAUCUUAUGAUGCUGCCAAUUCUGAUGAUGAGGACGAACCCUUAGUCGAAGAGAAAUUGAUCACCUUGGUAGGUGAUGUUAAGGACAAGGUUGCCAUCAUUUUGGAUGAUAUGAUCGACAAGCCAAAUUCCUUUAUUGCCGCUGCUGAGCAUUUGAGGCUAAACUGUGGAGCUAGGGCCGUUUAUGUCGUAGGAACUCAUGGUGUUUUUAAUGACUCUUGUUUGGAACGUUUGACUGAUUCCGGAUGCAUUGAUAAGAUCGUAGUGACAAAUACUUACCCCAUUCCAAAGGAACAAAUUGAACAACACAAAGAUAAACUUGUGGUUAUUGAUGUUUCACCAAUUUUUGCUGAAUGUAUUAGAAGAGAUCACUUUGGAGAGUCUAUUUCGGUUUUGUUUGACUCUUUAGCGGCUAUAGAUUAG